GUUUAUUAGGGUCUAGUGUUUUAUAUUCUGAUUUUUAGAAUCCCUCUUUUUGAUGUUUGUUUUUUUUACAGUUUUAGUGUUGGUUAAGAAAUUAGGGUUUUGAAAUUUUCCAUUUAGAGAAAGUAUGAGAACCGAAAUUACCAUGGGCUUUUACCCUUUUAUGCAUAGAGAAUUAUGGAAUUUGUUGCUUAUAUCAGCAUUAGGAGAUGUCAAGUGCUCGAUUGUGAAAACCUGAUGAUGCCUCCUUAGGGUUCUAGUUCUUGAUAAUCUGAAUAUACAGUGUAGAGAUUAGUUGGUUUCUUUUUAGAACCCUUGUUGCAAUUCUAUAUAGGAAUAUGGAGGACUGUAUGAUAAUAUUUAUUUGGUUAUAGUCUACUGAAGAAGAAUGGAGACAGUUCUGAGCUUUAUCAUUUCAAAGAGACUAAAUCCUUUCACUGUGUUAAAUGGACACUCUUUUUUUCAAGCUUUUUCCUACCAUAUAAGUGUGUGCUUUGUCUUGUUUAAUGUCGGGCUUCAAUAGUUGUCGGAACUUGGAAGAGUUUCUUGCUUUACAAUGUGUGUCUCUUGAAAGUAAAGAACAAAAACAUGAAUAUAACUGGAGACACAUGAUAAAUAAGUUUGCUUGCAUAUUGUGUGGUUGAUAUGUUUCUUCCCUGCUUGGUUGGUUGUAUGAACUUGGAGUUGCUUGUUUGUCUUGGCUCAUCAGUGAAUCAUAUAAUAGAAGAUAUUGUGAUGACAGAUUUGUUUUGAGGUGUACUACUCAGUUUUAUUGCUUCAUAAAGAAUGGGUACUGGAGAAGAAAGUACAGCAGGAAAGCCUGCUGCGCCAACUGCAUCAACUCAGGAAACACCACCAACGGCCACAUAUCCUGAUUGGACUACGCAAAUGCAGGCAUACUAUGGUGCAGCCCCUCCGCCUCCCUUUUUCACUUCAAAUGUUGCUUCCCCAACUCCUCACCCAUACGUGUGGGGCGGCCAGCAUUUAAUGCCUCCAUAUGGAACUCCUAUUCCAUACCCCGGUUUAUAUCCUCAUGGAGGACUUUAUCCUCAUCCGGGUGUACCUCCUUCGGCUCCGGAUGCAGUUAAAGAAAUAGAAGGGAAGGGCCCUGACCGAAAAGAACGGGGUUCAACAAAGAAGUCCAAAGGAAAUUCAGGAAAUGCAGGUCUCGUAGUCGGAAAGUCUGGAGAAAGCGCAAAGUUGACUUCAGGCUCAGGAAAUGAUGGUGCCUCACAAAGUGCUGACAGUGGGAGUGAGGGCGUAUCACAGUCAAGUGACGAGAACACUAAUCAAAGAGAAGUUUCUGGGACUAAGAAAAAAGGCUUUAACCAGAUGCUCGCGGAAGGAGCAAAUGCACAGAACAACGUUACUGUUGGAUACAGUGGUGCAGUCGUUCCAGCUACAGUUCCUGGGAACCCAGUAGGAACUAUUCCAGGGACUAAUUUGAACAUGGGAAUGGACCUUUGGAAUACGUCUCCUGUUGGAACUAUACCUCUUAGAGCGGCCACAGUUCCGCCGAAAAUGGUUGGGCGUGAAGGAGUUCCAGCUGACCAUGUAUGGGUUCAGCAGGAUGAACGUGAACUAAAAAGGCAGAAAAGGAAGCAGUCUAAUCGGGAGUCAGCCAGGAGGUCAAGGUUGCGCAAGCAGGCUGAAUGCGAAGACUUACAAUCCAAGGUUGAGAUUUUGAACAAUGAAAACCAUAGCCUCAGUGACGAGCUGCAGAGGCUGUCCGAGGAAUGCGAGAAGCUCACAACUGAAAAUAAGACUUUAAUGGAAGAGCUGAACCAGCUAUAUGGACCAGAUGCCGUAGCAGCCCUCCAAGGCGUCAGGACUAACAUGUUAGUCCAAUCAGUCCAUGGUGAUGGCAAAGGACAAGAUGCAUCGAUACAAAGCAACAACUUGGUGUCGGGUCACCCAAAUGGAAGUUUAUAUAACUCUAAUAGCACUGAGCUCGGGUCUAAUUGAGCAACCGUUUCGGUUUGCUCCUUUUCCAUUUUUCGUACUAAUUUGGAGCUUUAACCAUUGUCCUUUUUUGUUAACCGGGUGACAUGUAUUUAUGGAUUAUGUUAUUGUGGAGUGUGUUUUUGAGUUUCUGUACGAUAUGUAGGAUGCUAAGUUUUAGGUGAUUAUUUGAAUUUGGGUAUAGACUUUGUUAACGUUUCUUUAUGUUAGUUGAUGAUAAUGUGGAGCUGAGGCAAGAUUAGGCGAUUAUUGAAUUUGGUUAUAAGAUUAUUAACGUGCUUUUAUCUUGAUGUUGA